CCCGCCGCCACACCUCCAGAGACGCAGGCGGAGGCGGACGCGCAGGCUGGAGGCGCAGGCUGCUCGAGACCAAUUCGCAAGUCGUCAAGUAAACUCAAGUCAACUCAAGUCAACUCGCCGGACCACAAGGGCCGGCCAUCCGUCCCUAGCCUCCUUCGUUACAUCACACAAGCACACACACGCGCACACACAUUGCGCACUCGUCGUAUCAUCCUCUGCACAUCAGGCGACCCGACAUCAGCGAUCAAAGGCUCGCCCCAAAGACGACUACUGACUGGCCGAUCGACGGCAGCGACAAGGCACGGCGGGACGCACCAUCGGGCCGAUAUCUUUCGAGUGACCCCCCCCCGCAUCAUUGCAUUCAUUGCCAUCCUCCUCCUCCUCCUCCUCACCGCCUCUAACCGCUUUCACACUUGCCGACCACCAUACAGCGGGGAGUCUUCGCAUUGCAGCACGGCUAGCACUCUGACCUCUCGAGAUGGCAUCAUCUCCACCACCAUCAGCGCCACCCGCAAUGACCCAACCACGCCACGCAGCCAAGCCUUCCCUCGCCUCGUCCAUGGCCAGCUCGUCAAUGAUGGGUAGCGGAGGGUACGAAACACCGCACACAAGCCCGGAGGACGACCACGACACCUCAUCCGCUGCGAGUCACAAGGCUGCAGAGGUCGCCGGAGAAGGGGUGAACAUGGUGGUCCCAGCGGGCGUAAUCCCGGCAACCGCUCUCACACCUCCUUCGACGACGACGACGACGGGCUCAUCAUCAAGACGUCCCCCGUCUCAUAUGGUCAGGCUCGACCUCCUCUUGGUGACAGGGCAGCGCAUCCAGUUCGAUUUCCCGCCCUCGGCCAACCUGGCGCAGGUCAAGGAGCGUCUCUGGAGUGAGUGGCCUACGAGUUGGCCCAGUAGGCCGCGGGAAGCGGGAGAGGUCAGGAUCCUGCAUUUGGGCCAUAUAUUGGCGGAUGGAGUUGUGCUCGGGAGUGGAGAGGGCAAAGCAGAGCCGGCCGCUGCGGGCGCGACAUCAACAUCGUCCUCAACUCCUUCGACUGCUAGCAAGCUCCUUCGCCGUACCACGGGCACUGGCUCGUCAAAUACCAACAACAACAACAACAACAACAGCUCUGGCGGGGCUGCUCCGGUCACAUCGCAUCGCAACCUCCUCCCUGGUACCACGACUGUUAUGCAUGUACUCGUCAAGGGUGGCUUCCCCUCGGAUACCCCAGCAAAGGAGGGAAAGAGCGCGGCGAGUGGUGUGGGAAAGAAGGGAGAUCCUGCCAAGGAGGAGGGAAGUGGUGCAGCGGUGGGUAGUAGUAGGGGCAGAGGAAGUGGCGGCGAGGCGGUUGAGGGAGAAGGGGCAGGCGGGUGUAGCAUCGUAACGCCUCUUCAAGAGUCCUCAAAGGAGCCGCGCUUCAAGGUUCACCCGUCCUUCAUCAAGCAAACAGCCCGAUCGAUCACGCUUCCCGACGCGUUGCGAGCCGAGACGGACACGGAGACGACGACAAUGCUUCCUCUGCUCUUCUAUGGCGGCCCUCCUCAUCCCUCGCGUCGCACGUCGCACGUCGCGCCACCCUGA